AUGGCCCAAAGAUUGUCAGACAUACUGGGCGCUUGUUCUUUAGACUUAGGCCCAUACGAAGAUCUCUACAAGUAUUUCCAUGCAAACCCUGAGCUCUCCCUGCAGGAAAAGGCUACGUCAGAAAAGAUUACAAGCAUCCUAUCCAACUUAGGACCUUAUGAGAUUCAAACAAACGUUGGCGGCCACGGCCUAGUAGGAAUUCUCAGAAAUGGCCCCGGAAAGACAAUUCUCCUGCGCGCCGACAUGGAUGCUCUUCCAAUCAAGGAACUCACCGGCCUUCCAUACGCGAGUUCAGUGACCAUGCGUGAUGGUGAUGGAAUCAUCAAGCCGGUCAUGCAUGCGUGUGGUCAUGAUAUGCAUAUAACUUGUCUCCUGGCAACAGCCGAAACACUUGCGAGGACCCAGGAUUCCUGGAGUGGGACCUUGGUUGUGCUCUUCCAGCCGAACGAGGAACGGGGCGGAGGCGCUCAGGCUAUGGUUGAUGAUGGUUUGUAUUCGAAGAUCCCCAUGCCAGAUUAUGUUCUUGGUCAGCAUGUUAUGAGAAUGCGUGCUGGUGCCGUUGGUUCGCGGCCUGGAACUAUCAUGGCUGCUGCUGAUAGUUAUAAGGUUACGCUGUUUGGUCGGGGUGGGCAUGGGUCUCAGCCUCAUCAGACUGUUGAUCCUGUUCUUCUUGCUGCACAUGUUGUUGUGCGAUUGCAGGGUAUCGUGAGCAGAGAAGUCGAUCCCAGUGAUCUGGGUGUUGUUACUGUUGGCAGUUUGCAGGCCGGGCAGACCGAGAAUGUUAUCUCAGAUAGAGCUGAGAUUGGCAUUGAUUUCAGGACUGUGAAGCCUGAGACUCGACAGAAGAUUCUUUCUGCUGUUCAACGCAUUGUUGAGGCGGAGUGUGCUGCUAGUGGAUCACCAAAGCCGCCUAUCUUCACUCCGACGAGGCGGUUCCCACCCACUGACAAUGACCGAAAUGCUGCUUUGAAACUGGCUGCAUCGUUUGAAGACCAUUUCGGGGAGGCUUUUGAUGGUGAUACCCCAAGAACUAAUGUUAGUGAAGACUUCUCUACAUUGGGUACUUCUCAGGGUGUACCGUGCUCUUUCUGGCUGUUUGGAGGCAUUGACCCGGAACUCUGGGAUAAUUCCCAGCAAGAUGAAGCUCUCAUGGCGGAGAUUCCUGGUAACCACUCGGCGUUAUUCGCGCCCGUAGUUCAGCCAACCAUGAGAACUGGCGUCGAUGCGCUAUGUCUUGCAGCUUUGACAUUCCUGAGAAAAUAG